GUCAUUUUGUAAUGGCAUCUGUAUGUCAACACAGAACUCUACAAAAUGGUGGGGAUAAUCUAUCAACUAAUCUUCUAGCAGCUGGUAUUUUCUUACUAUAUAAAGGCACCUUCUCUAUUGUACAUGUAGACAGAAGUCAUAUGUAUAUUGUUUAGUAUGUGGCACUAAAGUCUUGGUUUAAGGUUAAAACAUGAGACAGAUGUCCUGUUUGGUACUGAAGCUACUACUGAUCUUGAUACUUGCUGGUUGGUUAUCUCUUUGGGUUCUCAAGCCAACUGAAUUCUGGACAAGGAAAUGGAAGAAAGCCGAAGAAAAGUCAACGGCUUCCGUUUUUGGCUAUAACGGUCUUGAUUUUGUUGUCUACACUUUUCCUGUAAUUGCUAUGGCGAUAAUCGGCUUUAUCUACUUAGAACUCAAACAAAAAGAACCGAGAACCAGGCAGAGAAGAAGAAGCAGCAUAUUCACUUCUUUCUCUAGUCCACUUUUUGUGAAUCAGUACGUAGGUAUUUUGUCAGGAGCACAUAUUCUUGCGUCGUCUCUAUUUAUCAUCUUUCUAGUUUGGACGUUCUAUGCCCGUGUUUCUAACGAUUUCAAGAAGAUGACACCAGUCAAAUCAUUCAAACUGAGUCUAUGGCAAUACAAGUUAUUCCGAAUGGCUACACGCUGUGGUUUGUUAGCCGAAGCUUGCCUUGCUCUGCUACUUCUGCCUGUGCUUCGAGGGAUGUCCGUUUUUCGGUUGCUUGGCAUCCAGUUUGAAGGCUCGGUCAGAUACCAUACUUGGCUUGGAACUGCAAUGGUAUUUUUUGCAACUUUACAUGGUGUGGGAACCUUCUUUAUCUGGGGAAUGAAACAUAGAAUCCAAGACGAGAUGUGGAAGUGGCAGAGAAAAGGGCGAAUAUACCUUGCUGGAGAAAUAGCUCUUAUAACAGCUCUCAUCAUUUGGAUCACAUCGCUUCCACAGAUUCGGAGGAACCGAUUUCACCUCUUCUAUUACACACAUCACCUUUACAUAGUCUUCCUCGUACUCUUCUUGUUCCAUGGAGGAGACCGCCAUUUUUACAUGGUUUUUCCUGGAGUUUUCCUCUUUGCACUGGAUAAACUGCUCCGCAUCAUACAGUCUAGGCCAGUAACAUGCGUUCUUUCUGCUCGUGUCUUCCCGUGCAAAGCCAUAGAACUGACUCUGCCGAAGGAUCCAAGGUUGAAGUAUACACCAGCAAGUGUGAUCUUUUUGAAAAUACCAAGCAUCUCCAAGAUUCAGUGGCAUCCAUUCAGUAUAACUUCUACCUGCAGCAUCGAUGAGCAUACGAUCUCAGUCAUUGUAAAAUGUGAGGGAGAAUGGACGAGUUCCCUCUAUGACAUAAUUCAUGAUGAACUGGACACAGAAGCCGAUCAGAGGAAGUGUAUUCCAGUAGCUGUAGAAGGUCCAUACGGGCCGGCAUCACCGGAUUUUGUAAGGUACAACAAUCUGCUCCUCGUUGCUGGAGGAAUUGGGAUAACUCCUUUUGUGAGCAUCGUGAGGGAAAUCAGCUCCAACUACAGCAGAAGUGGAUAUCCACACAGAAUACAACUUAUCUAUGCCGUAAGAAAGUUCCAAGAUGUCUGUUUGCUGGAUCCGAUUCUUCCUCAUCUUCUAAAUGUCGAGCAAUUUCACAUAAAACUGAAAGUAUUCGUGACUCGUGAAAUCGAAACUGGCACAACGCUAAGAGAAGUACUCGACAAAAUCCCUGACACAAGAACAACAUAUUUUAGCACAACAUGCAGCAGUUAUACAACAUAUGGACCUGAAAGAUUCCUAUGGAUGGCUGCUAUUGCAAUGGUUUCUUCGAUCACAUUCCUCCUCUUGCUUGUCGGUUUUAACCAUUCCGUUACCCCACCGGCCAAGAAACGCUCAGAACAAAAGAAUUCAUCAUCACAAGUUGAUCUCCUUCUUCUGUGUUCAUUUGCUAUAGCAAUUACAUGUAGCACUUUACUAGCUAUUAUGAUAAGGUGGAAACGAGUAAAGAGAGAGCUUCAGUCAUUUACUGAUAAACAAAACAAAACUACAAAGCAAUGUUCACUUCGAGCCAGUCGAGAACUUGAUGAACAUGAAAUCCAUUUCGGAGGAAGACCAAAUUUUCGAGAUAUAUUCUCGGAUUUCACAAGUGAAACGGGGGGAUCGGAUAUAGGUGUGUUGGUCUGUGGACCUGAACCAAUGAAGGAGUCUGUGGCUUCAGCAUGCAGACUAGCUCUAGUUUCACAGAAGAAUGCUAAGGGAAAGAGAUCAAACUUCAGUUUUCACUCCUUAAAUUUUACACUGUAGAAUGAGUGAAUCUAUGUUUGGAUGCUACUAGUUUCAAUUUUGCUUAUCAAUGGUAUUGGAAUCUCUGUGUAUGAAGUGUAACAGAUUUCACAGAGAAAGUUGACUAAAUGUUCUGCCCCUCUUCCUACAUGGACUAUUUAACCUUUUGUCGUUAA